GGAAGGGAACUAGAGGAGGAGAGAAGAGAAAAGGAACAAGUUAGAAACAGACUACAGCAACAACUUGAAGGAAGAGAACGACAACUUGAACAAGCACAGCAACAAGGACAAGAAAGAGAGAGGCAGGCCAGGGAACAAGAGCAGAAUCUUCAACGACAGCUUCAAGAAAGAGAGAGGGAAGUUCAACAGGCCAGGGAACAAGAGCAACAGCUUCAGAGGGAAAUUCAACAGGCUGGGGAAAGAGAACAGGGUCUUCAACAACAACUUCGAGAAAGUCAACAACAAUUCCAGAGGGAAAUUGAACAAUCACGGCAACAAGGACAAGAAAGAGAGAGGCAAGUUCAGAAUCUUCAACAACAGCUUCAAGAAAGAGAGAGGGAAAUUCAAGAGGGUGAGGAAAGAGAACAGGGUCUUCAAGGACAGCUUCAACAAGCUCAGCAGCAGCUUCAGGAAAGUCAAGAAAGAGAGAGAGGCCUAGAGCAGCAACUAAGAGAGAGAGAUAGACAAGAGAGAGAGUCUUCCUGGGUAGUUAGCAGAAAUGAUAUUAGAAUGACAGAAAGGAUUCUAGGGAGAGGAGGAUGGGGAGAGGUCAGAGUAGCUCGUUUCCAUGGACUGGAAGUUGCUGCAAAGGUACUUCACGAGACCAUCAUAUCAGAAUAUAAUGUGUCACUGUUCUCUCGGGAAAUGAAUAUUGCUUCUAAAAUACGUCAUCCUAACCUCCUUCAGUUCAUAGGAGCGACUACAGAGGGUAAUCCAAUGAUCCUGACAGAGCUAAUGCCGACCAGCCUAAGAAAGGAAUUAGAGACUGGAGGACUGGCCUAUCCUGCCAUACUGAGCAUCAGUUUAGAUGUAGCCUGUGCUCUCAAUUACCUUCAUCUCUUCAAGCCUCAUCCUAUACUACAUAGAGAUGUCAGCAGUGCUAAUGUACUCCUUCAACCAAUGGGAGGUGGACAUGGAGGCUUAAGGGCUAAAGUAUCUGAUUAUGGAUCAGCUAAUCUUCAGCAUCUUAUAAUUAGGUCAGUCAAUCCUGGUGGCCCACUUUAUGCAGCACCUGAAGCAGGGAAUCCAAGGGAACACUCUCCUUCAAUGGAUGUGUUCAGUUAUGGUGUCCUCCUUCUAGAGAUGAUAACACGACGUAUUCCUCUACCAGAAGAGAGAGUAGGUCUUAUUGAUGGUAUUAGAAGAGCCUCGUUUAGGUCUCUUGUUCAACGCUGCCUGUUAGUUGAGUAUAGACACCGUCCAACAAUGAAUGAUAUUAUAACUGAACUAAAUGACACUAUUUAAUGCUAACCUGUUUGUAGCUUUGGAGUUAGUAAUUUUUCUAUUUUUUGUA